AUGCGCUUCGGCAAAACCCUCCGCCAGUCGGUCUACCCGCCCUGGAAAGACCAAUACAUCGACUACGCCAAGCUGAAAUCCAUCCUCCGCGAGGACAAGCCCGACGACGAGGACGAGCCCUGGACCGAAGAAGACGAGAACCGCUUCUGCGACGAGAUCUUCAACACCCAGCUCGAAAAAGUGGCCAAGUUUCAAGAGGCCAAGAUUGAGGAGCUGCGCAACAGGACGGAUGAGGCGGCGGAGAAGUUGAAGCAUUUGAAUGAGCAGCAACAGUCCGAGGAGGGUGGCGAGGAUGAUGCUGCCCAGGAAGAGGGGGAGGAGGGAAAACAUGAAGAGGUGGCGGUGGAUAAACAGAAACUCAAAGAGAUGGAGGCAGAGCUGGAUGGGAUCACAAACGAGGUCAAGGAGCUGCAAAAGUAUAGCAAUCUGAACUAUACCGGCUUCUUGAAGAUUGUCAAGAAGCAUGAUCGCAAGAGGGGGGAUCGGUACAAGAUUCGGCCGAUGAUGCAGGUCAACUUGUCGAACCGGCCGUUCAACUCGGAGCAGGCUUACUCGCCGUUGUUGAACAAGCUGUCGUAUAUGUAUUUUGCGAUUAGACGGUUUGAGGCGCCGGAUGCGGGGGAUGUGCUGCCUAUUGAUCCGGACAGCCAGCCUGAGACGCACAAUGGGGAGAAGUACACGGCGCACAAGUUUUGGGUGCACCCGGAUAACUUGUUGGAGGUCAAGACGUACAUCCUGAGGAGGCUGCCGGCGCUGGUGUAUAGUGAGCAGUCGGCCAAGGAGGUGGAUGGGCAGCAGGACCCGACGAUUACGUCGUUGUAUUUUGAUAAUGCCAAGUUCCAGCUGUAUUCGAAGAAGGUGGAGAGGGAGGCGGAGGCGAGUUCGUUGAGGUUGAGGUGGUAUGGGCAGUUGAGCGCGAGGCCGGAGAUCUUGCUGGAGCAGAAGCUGUUGCAUGAGAAUGGGACGAGCGAGGAGAGGAAGUUUGCGAUCAAGGAGAAGUACGUCAAGGCGUUUCUGGAUGGGGAGUACAAGAUGGAAAAGUCGGUUCAGAAGAUGGAGAGGAAGGGGCAGAAGGCGGAGGAUGUGAAAGAGUUCAAGGGGACGGCGGACGCAAUUCAGGAGUUUGUGAGGGACAACAAGUUGGAGCCGUUGGUGAGGGCGAAUUAUGUGAGGACUGCGUUUCAGAAUCCGGGGGAUGAUCGGGUGCGGAUUUCUAUUGAUACGGACAUUGCCUUCAUCCGGGAGGACACGCUUGAUCGUGACCGGCCCUGCCGCGAUCCCAAGGACUGGCAUCGGGCGGAUAUCGACAACAGCAACAUGACCCACCCGUUCAAGAACAUCAACCAAAGCGAGGUCUCCCGCUUCCCUUACGCGGUGUUGGAGAUCAAGCUCAAGGAGGACGUCAACAACAAGCGAGGCCGUCCAGUCUGGAUCCAAGACCUCAUGGGCUCCCAUCUUGUCCACCCCUGCCCCAGAUUCUCCAAGUUUGUCCAGGGCGUCGCCUCUCUCUUUGAGGACUACGUCAACCGCCUCCCCUUCUGGCUAUCAGACCUCAACACCGACAUCCGCAAGGACCCCCAGCGGGCCUUCCAAGAAGAGGAAGAGCGUCGCGCCCGCAGAGCGGAAAACGAGCAAGUGGUCGGGUCAUUCCUGGGGACCAAACUGUCGUCGUAUAAACCCUCCCGCUCGUCCCCAGCAGCAAAAUCCUACCUCGCCGACCGGAUGGCGACCGACGCUGCUGCUGCCGCCGCCUCCCCAAAGUCAGGCGUUACAACCUCCAAUCAACAACAGGCCGUGUCCACCCCCGCCGGCGACGAAGCCGGCGAGUCCUCCCAGUCCCAACCCCUCAUCCCCCGCGAGAACCGCGAGAUCAACUACGGCACCCUCUCCUCCGUCCUCCCCGGCUUUUCCCUGUCCAAGUACAGCAGAGCCAAACGCGCCCGCGAAGCGGGCAUCACCUCCAUGCCCCCUGGAGUGACGGAACCAAAGGAGUGGAUCAAGAACUCUGGCCCGUUGCAAAUCGAACCAAAAGUCUGGCUGGCAAACGAGCGGACGUUUUUGAAGUGGCAGCACAUCUGUGUAUUGCUGGGGGGGUUGGCGAUCAGUUUGUACACUGCCUCUGCGAGCUCGAAGGGAGGGAACUUGCUGGGGGAGGUGAUGGGGAUGGUUUUCUUGGGUGUGGCGGCGUUUACGGGGGGUUGGAGCUGGUGGGUGUUGAGGAGGAGGAGGGAGAUGAUUGUGGGGAGGAGCGGGAAGGAUUUUGAUUUUGUGCUGGGGCCGAUGGUGGUGGCGGGGGCGCUUGGGGUGGCGCUGGUGGUGAAUUUUGGGAUUGCGUAUCAACAGGCUUUUGAGAAGCAUUUGGGGGGUGAUGGGGGGCAUCAUGGGAAUCGGAGUGGGGUUGAUAUGGGGGAUUUGAGGUGA